CUAGCAACUUGAAGCUUGAAUGAGUCAAGUGGGGAUCUUGGAGCAACUACACACCAAAGAAUAAGCAUACCUAUAGUACUCCGAAAACCCCGCACUUGAAUUGUGACUGUGUUCGGCACCAACCCUUGACGUACACUGCGUUGGAUCCGAACAUAUAUAGCGGCUCCAUGACUAUACCUUAUAGACUCUCAUGGUCCGAUAAUUUUCCACACGGACCAUCUGAAUUCUUCGCUGUCAAUAAAACGUCCGUCGAAUGUUAUUACUGAAUUUCCCAUUUCAUUCCAGACUUUUAUUUUCAGUACCAGGCCAGGAUGUCUUCUCCACUCUUCCUGGGCUUUGACUUGUCUACUCAGCAGCUAAAGGCAAUUGUGAUCGCGGAGGAUGUUUCCAUCGUGCACGAGAGCGCCGUGCAUUUCGAUCGAGACCUUCCUCUCAUGGUACAACGAAUGGCGCGGUCAAAGGCCCAGACGAAGCGCGUUAAAAACGUUGGCGUUGACCUCAGUGCUAUUGCCGGUAUAUCUGGUGCUGGACAACAACAUGGUUCGGUAUACUGGUCUGAGGAGGCCGAGAAAGCUCUUGCUGCAAUGGAUCCAAAGCGCUCACUGGCUGAUCCGGGCCAUCUCGCCCCCCGUGCAUUUGCAUUGCCCAAUGCACCCAUCUGGCAGGACUCUUCGACGACCAAGGACUGCCGUAACCUUGAGGCCGCUGUCGGUGGUCCACAGGUGCUUGCAGAUCUUACAGGAAGCAGAGCCUAUGAGCGGUUCACAGGACCCCAAAUUGCUCGGAUCCGUCGCCUCAAACCCGCCGCUUACCGUGACUCUGCGCGCAUAUCUCUUGUCUCGUCGUUCAUCCCUUCCCUGUUCCUCGGGCAUAUCGCCCCGAUCGAGGUCUCUGACGCGAGCGGGAUGAACCUGAUGAACGUACUCACAUGUAAGUGGGACGAUGCACUCCUUGAGGCAUGCGGCGGUCCCGAGCUACGCGCUAAAAUCGGCCCUGAGCCUGUCGUCGGCGGCACCAUUCUCGGACACAUCUCCCAGUGGUGGGUUGAACGCUGGGGAUUCAACCCAGAUUGCAUAAUUGCACCAUUCACGGGUGAUAACUCUGCGACCGUCGUUGCCCUUUCAGCACCAGGUGAUGCACUCCUGUCCCUGGGCACAAGCACAACACUUCUGUUGAGCAUUCCCCCUGCCGACUCGCCCCCCGCCCGUUUCACAACUUCGCACCUCCUCUCGCAUCCUACAACUGUCGAUGCGCAGAUUGCGAUGCUUUGCUACAAGAACGGUGCUCUUGCGCGAGAGCAGAUCCGUGACCGCUGUGCUGGCGCAGACUGGGCACGGUACAAUAAGCUCGUAGAGCAGUCGUCGCAGGGCAGCUCUGGGUUGAUGGGAUUCUACUUCCCCCUCCCCGAGAUCAUUCCUCCAGGGGUUCAGGGCGAAUUCAUAUUCCAGUGCAAAGAUAAUGAGGAACCACAGCUAGUGCAUGGACUGCAGCCAGAUGCCUCCCAGCACGCACGCGCGAUCCUCGAGAGCCAAUUCCUCAGCAUCAAAUCACGCAUUGCUGCCAUUCUUCCGCCGCACUCACCGCCGCUGCAGCGGCUGAUUGUCACUGGUGGUUCGUCGGCAAAUCAGACGAUCCGGCAACUCGCAGCUGACCUGUUUGGGAUGCGAGUUUACGUUGCAGAGAGCAAGGAGGCUGCGGGGACGGGAGGUGCAGUGCUCGCGAAGUUUGCAUGGUGGAAGGCGCAUGUUGGGGGCGCGAGUGGGAGCUUUGAGGAGAUGUCAAUGGAAACGGGUGAGGUGGAGAGGAUGAAGCUGGUUGCAACCCCGAAAGGUGAGAUGACCAAGGUCUAUGAUGACCUUGUGGGUAACUAUAGGCGGUGCGAGGAGCGGGUGGUACACCUAUGUGGGCAAGCGUGAUGCACCUGAGGUAACUUUUUAUCUGAAGCGGACAUACUUUGCAAUUUGCAUCUACACAUCAUGUACAGACCAUAGAGCAUACUAUAUCUUCACCUUGUUAUGUAAAUAAUUCUUACUAGAAUGAAUGACUGUCUUCCUUCAUCUAUAAAGGUCUGGCUAGGGGAAACGAUC